AUGGAAAUGAAAGAUUUUCAGUCAGGCCACACAUCUUCAAGAGACAAUAUAUCUGAUGUUUCUUCUCCAGUCCAAUAUAUGGCUCUGGAUGCAGCACGACGUUCAAACGAUCCAGCAGAAAGCCAAUUGACAAAAGACGCCUCAGAACUCGGUCAGUACGCACCCUUGAAUCUAUCGACUCUUUCGUUCGAGAUUUCCCGAGAAAACGUGACUAUUGAAAAGAUAAUUGGACAGGGUUCUUUUGGUCAAGUUGCCAAGGGAACAGUCAUGAGCGUCCAUGGAAGACCCCAAGAGACCCUUGUGGCCAUUAAAAUGCUUAAAGGUAUGAGUCGAAGUAACGAAAAUUCUUAGUAAUCAGUUAGAAAGCCAAUGUUGUCCCCACAACUAAAGGAUGCUAUAACUCAUUAGAAGAAGUAAUUCCUGACAAUUAACAGUCAUCACAGUGUGCAAGGGGCACAGACAAACUUUGGCCGGUGGUAGGCCACAGUUUCUCACGUCAUUUCCAAGGUCCUUGUAAUUACGUUUGCUUUUCUAUGCGUGAAGCAUUUUUGUGGUUUUUGGUUAAUGCGAACGCGUUGAAGGGAGAGCCUACGUAAGAGUGGUGUGUGUGUGUGUGCUGUAGAGGGUGGGGGGGGGGGGGAAUUAGGGGUUGGGGUGCUGUAUGCUCUUUUGGAAAAAUGGGAAAUUUAUUUACCCUGAAAUGGCUGAAAAUGCAUUAAAAAUUCGUAUCGUUGAUUAUUCUGCAUAAUGUAAUAUGAAAAAAUCCAGUUGAACAACAAUAUAGAAAAUCCUUGAGAAAAUGCACAUUUAGCUCAAGUUAAAGUGCAUAAACUAAGUAAAUUCUACAAACGUAGCUCACAUCUCUUGCAGCAAACGCGCCCGGGACUGACAGGAAGGAUUUGUUAUCAGAGCUUGAAGUGAUGAAGACGUUAAAGCCUCAUCCACACGUCAUCAAGCUGCUGGGAUGCGUCACCGAAUAUGGUAAAUUAUUUGCAAAAACAUCAGCGCCUAUCUUUAACCCUUGUUUGUCAACCCUGUAUAAAAUAAAUGCUGUUUGUUCUUGUUACAAAAAUAUAUACUGAUUGAAUUGACAGACGUUUCUUAUUAUACGCUUGAUAUACUGUUAUCAUGAUCAUCUGUAAGAUAUGAGCCUAGUAAGUUUCAAUUUCACGUAGAUCCCUUAUUGGUAUUGAUUGAGUAUGUCCCGUAUGGAGAUCUCCUUGGUUACCUGAGAAAGAGCCGUGGAUUAAAUGACACUUAUUACAAAGACCCAGAUAUCAAACCACAAACAAGUUUGACGUCACAACAGCUGAUGAANACGCGCCCGGGACUGACAGGAAGGAUUUGUUAUCAGAGCUUGAAGUGAUGAAGACGUUAAAGCCUCAUCCACACGUCAUCAAGCUGCUGGGAUGCGUCACCGAAUAUGGUAAAUUAUUUGCAAAAACAUCAGCGCCUAUCUUUAACCCUUGUUUGUCAACCCUGUAUAAAAUAAAUGCUGUUUGUUCUUGUUACAAAAAUAUAUACUGAUUGAAUUGACAGACGUUUCUUAUUAUACGCUUGAUAUACUGUUAUCAUGAUCAUCUGUAAGAUAUGAGCCUAGUAAGUUUCAAUUUCACGUAGAUCCCUUAUUGGUAUUGAUUGAGUAUGUCCCGUAUGGAGAUCUCCUUGGUUACCUGAGAAAGAGCCGUGGAUUAAAUGACACUUAUUACAAAGACCCAGAUAUCAAACCACAAACGAGUUUGACGUCACAACAGCUGAUGAAAUUUGCUCGGGAAAUUGCUGAUGGAAUGAGUUACCUCUCUUCGAGAUCUGUAAGUUGAACUAUUUUCUUUUUGUCUCUGGUUCUGAUUGUGACAUUUUGCAAAUUAAUCAACAGACGAAAAAGGCGUCAGCACCUUUUCUUUCAAUUGCAUGAAUAUCCUUGAAUAACGUAACGCGUGUCAUGUUUAACCUCUCUUAAAAUAUUAAUUUAUGCAUUAAUUGUAUUUCAAAAAAGAAGGACCUUUAGAAUCCUCUCCUGUCCAUGACGAUGUAGAUCUAAUGAAAUCUGUCACAGAUUAUUCACAGAGACCUUGCCGCUCGAAACGUUCUGGUUGGAGAAGGAGAGACUUGUAAAGUGACUGACUUUGGAAUGGCAAGAGAUGUGCAACAGGAAAACGUAUAUGAAAGGAAAACGAAGGUGUGUAAAGCAUGGGAAAAAUAUACAUAAUGCAGAACCACUAUAAUAGACACUACGAAAAACUUGGUUUAUGUCAUCAGUUUCUUGGUCGAAAGUCUUGAAAGGAGUUGCACCCCAAACCAAAUAUUGCAAAUAUGCUGAUUUUUUUGUUUGUUUGUUUGUGUUUUUUUUUUUAGCCCUUUAGAUAGGAGCCAGUAUCUGUAACGUUGAUGAAACACGUGGUAAUCCUGCUUUCACCUAAGUUAGAAUUUAGCCUGCAACAAGAGAGCCCCUUUAAUUUAUCCUCUCUUGCCUGUAAUAGUAGAGAAAUUGAUAGAGUUGCUCAAGGCUGCAGUGAGUCUUGGGCUUUAUUAUUGCAAUAGCAGGUUGAGGCAUGUUCUCUCCGUUGUUUUCCACCUUCUGUUUUUAGGGGUUCUCGUGCUUGGGUUUGGUGCUUAUAAAGACAUAUUUUGUUGCUGCCUCCGACAUUAGUUUUUACUGAGAAUUAAUGAGAGACAUGGUUGCUCGGCUUACUAACUCGCUCAAUGUAUCGAGUCUGGGAUAAAUUUACAAGUCGGAGUUUGUUAUAAAACAAAACAGUGAUCAUAACGUUCGAAACAUCGUUUCGAGAUUUUAUUUUUUGUCUUUGCUUUGAUGCUUUAGUGAGAAAGUGCAUAUAUUUGUCAUUUCUCGACUUACAUUCGCACAUGCUGACUAUCCAAUAUUCUUCGUCCAAUUUGUAUCUGUAUUACUUUCGUUUUUUGUCUUUGUAAGGGUCGUUUGCCAGUAAAAUGGACCGCAUAUGAAGCUCUUCUUUACGGAAGAUAUACUACCCAAAGCGACGUGUAAGUGUAGGCUUUUCUUUCCACUUUUUAAUACAAAUAAAUGAUUUAACGUCCGCAGAGCAAAAGCUCAUAGUCAUCGCGCGUGUCAUGGAGGAAAGGGACUACUAGACCUUUCAACUUCCGACUGAUCGAAAGCAGAACGUUUAAAUUAAUGAUCGCUCGUCUGAACACAUAAAUUUUUUGUGUGGUGUUUUGGGUACCUCAGGGAUCUAUUUUUGGUCCUGUGUUAUUCUACCUAUAUGUCAUGAACUUGAGGGAAGUACUUCCAACCAAAGUAAGGUAAUCAAUAUGCGGACGAAACUACGAAUUAUAGUAACUGUAAACUGUAUGAGCUCUAGAGUUAUCACUCCAGGCGGAGAUACAGAUUUUGUUGUUGAUCUGGUCAUCACAGUGUAACUUUACACUCCAUCUUAACAGGGGCAACCAACGAUAGUUUCCUCCUAAAUACAUUGAAAAUACUUUCUAGGCUAUCUAGAGUACAUUUACAUAUUAUAAAAUGCAUUUUAAGUGGCGGUAUAAAAUUUUUAUGUGUUCGGUCAUCCUUGGGUAACUUGAGUCCUUCCGAAAUUUCAAGGGCUUGGGUAUUAUUUUUCCGAACAUUUUAGAUGAAAUUUGACGUAUUACAAAGGUGAGACUUUUUCUGAUUCCUCUCUCCAUCACAUUUUUGAAUCCAAACGUUUGAAGUUCCCUUUUUUCUACGAAAGAUAGCCUCACUUGGGAAGUAAAAUGUGUAAUUGUGUAAAAUGUAAAAAUGUGAAAAUUAACUUCAGGAACGUAAGCUUCGAAAGUUGUAAAUAAAUGGGACGGUCAUCUAGAGAUUUUUAGUCGUCCUCAAGUAAUUUCAACUUCAACUUCAACUUUAUUUAAAUUUGGAAAUAUAACAAAAGAUACAUUAAGACUGGCCUGCAGUUAGUGAGGCUAUUUGAGGCAGGCCAGGCUACGUAAUUUACUACAAACUAGACAAAUACAAAGAAAUUAGACGUUAUAUAAGUAUAUAUAUUUUACAUUAAAUAGAUACUAUUCUACUUAAAUGCAAGGACAAUAUUAAAGUAAAAUUUUAAAAAUGAAAUAAAAUGAAAAUAAAGGACAAGAGAAUUAAUUUUUCAUUUUCACAAUGAUCGUAUCCACAUUAAUAUAGGAGUCUUCAGUUUCAAGGAUAUCGAGUAGCAUUUCUUUUAGUGAUCUUUUAAAAGCUUUUUUCGGUCUUUCUUUAAGAAUUUGAGGUAUCCCAUUCCAAAUUUUGACCCCAACACGCGAAAAAGCAUUUCGUUUGACAUUGAGGUUGAGGCACGUGUGUUGUAAGUAUGAACAAUAGAAAUUCGAGAGAAGAGUUUCAAAAUAUUAUCCGGAGCAGUGUUUUAUUUACAUCAUACAUAAGACUACAAACGGAUUCAUGAUAUAGAUACUGUAAAGGUAGAAUUUUUGCANAUCUUUUAAAAGCUUUUUUCGGUCUUUCUUUAAGAAUUUGAGGUAUCCCAUUCCAAAUUUUGACCCCAACACGCGAAAAAGCAUUUCGUUUGACAUUGAGGUUGAGGCACGUGUGUUGUAAGUAUGAACAAUAGAAAUUCGAGAGAAGAGUUUCAAAAUAUUAUCCGGAGCAGUGUUUUAUUUACAUCAUACAUAAGACUACAAACGGAUUCAUGAUAUAGAUACUGUAAAGGUAGAAUUUUUGCAUUGACAAAAAAAGGUAUUGCAAAAUUCUAGGCAAUAUUUUCUUCUCAGAACAGAUAUUCUAAAGAAAACAGUCGUUGGGUGCCCCUGACCUUAAAUCGAAGAAGAUUAUACUAAAAGAUUAUACUCCAUCAAUUUCUGUGCAUUUCAACCAUCGUCUUGUUUGGUACGAAAGUUCACGAAAACCUCUGAGAUAGACUGCAAGAUCUCAAGUGUCUGUGCUGAAGAAGUUGAAAUACCUAGAUCCGUGUAUAAUGUUUGUAUAACAUCAGAUUAAAACACUUUGCAUAGGAUUCGCAAAGAAUGACUCCCAUGCAAUAUUUCUUUUCUAAGACGACCACAGGUAGAGAACGCUAGUUUUGUUUUCUUUUUGAGCUACUUAAGCAAGAUUUGCUAAAGUAGGAUUGCCCCCAGUUGUUAAACGCAAGGAGCAACAUGCAUUUGCUAAAUAGUUGCACUUUAACCCUUUGACUCCUUUUACGCGCACUUUCAAAUAAGGUGUACAUUUUGUCCCAAAGAAGGCUCCAUAUUUUGUCAAAUGACACUUUAUGUUCCUUAUAUGAAGUUGUUUAUCGUAUGAUUCAAUUUCAUUCGUUUUUUCUCCAUUUUGGCCUAACCUUUUGGCAAUAUGUCCUCGGUGUGCUAAUGAUAACCUUUAAAAAUGGCGUCAGACACGAAUUAGGUUGAUCAAACUCGGGGGGGGGGAGGUUUCUCGGAGGAAAUUUGUGGCACAGUCCGCCUGCCAGUAUGACGUCACGUGUCGCGUCAGUGACUCAAAAUGGCGAGCAAAGUGUUCAUCGAGGAGACGGAUAAACAUUUCGAUUUUGUCACGGAAAUACUGUUCCGAUUUCGUGGAUUUGGAGGUUUUAUGGUUUCUAUUGUCAUAGAAAACUAGACUUAAGUACUUUUUUGAAAUGAAAUGUCCAGUGGUGUAAUGAAUUUCAAGCAAAUUUUACGGGCAAUCAUACCGAUCGGUCACACUUUUGAGGGCCAGUGCACAGCAAGAUUCAGGAGUUUAGACACAGCAAUAGGAGGUUCAUCAAAGGAUGUAUUAUACUUUACAUUGUGCGUAUUUUCAGCUCUUCAGAGCUAGUGGAACCCCAUAUCAAUCCUCUCAAAGUUCGCUCAGCUGUAGCGUUGAAAGAGGGAGCUAAUGACAGGUAUUUGUGAGAGACUGUGAGCAUUGAAUCUUGUUGCUUUACCGCAUUUUAAUACUGUAUUGGGCAUACACCUGUAAUUCUGUAAUUAAAUCCCGAAAUCCAAUAAAAAGUUUCUUUUAAUUAUAUUUUUGGGACAAACCUAGUGGAGAUUUUACAUUAAUAAUAUUGAUGAUUAAGACGAUGUACAAAAGGCAAGUUUAACUUUGGCCAGUAGGUCACUGGUGGGUGUUCGGUGUAAAUUAGUACAGUUUGUGAUGUACUGUGUGUUGUUUUUCAUGAUGUCAACUAACACUGAAAAAAAUUCAGCUCUUUCAGAGGAGGGACAUGCCUUGACAACUUAUGGUUUUUUCUUGGUCGUAAGCUUGGCCAGUAUGCAGAUCAAGAGCUUUUAAAAUCCCUUUUCCAAAAUAAAAGUCCGGACUUAAGCUUAAAAUAUAUAUUGGACCAUAUUGAUCCAAGUGCGUGACCAGCAGGGUCAGCACUAAGAAUAAAGAAAAAAAGGCCAAAAGGACAAAUAGUGUUGAAAAAAAUGAGACCAAACAGAGAAAAAAAACGGUACAAAGAAACAGAAAACAGCGUCGCCGGGAGUCGAACCCACUUUAUCUGCACGUGCAAGCAACUCCUUGACCGCUGCACCACAGUGACACACUUGAUUUGAAAAAUUAACUUUGUCAUAUCAAAACAAUUUUUGUCUGCCAUAGACAAUGUUAAAUUCAAAUAUACAUUUGAGGAAAAUUAGCUCAAGCGCGUAUUUCAAAGCUAUUUCGUAUUAUUUCGGGUUCAACGGGCCGACUCGAUGUAGAUAAUCGAUCGAACUAGCUUUACUAAAUUUGGUGGUGAAUUAGGAGAUCAACCGAGGCCCACACUCGAAAGGAACGACAUGAAGUUAGGCCCGUUUAAUCAGCAAAAGAAUAGAUGAAAUAUAAACAUGUGUGAUCUGUGAAUGGAACCCCCUAUUCUGGAGACAAGACCUUGCCUAUUUCAGAGAAAAAAAAAGGUUUAAGUUUUGAUGACUUUGCCGUUCCCGUAAAAUAGAUGGCGAUCCCGCAACACGGCCCGCAAAACAAAUUAACAAAAUUAUACAAUCACGGACACAAAAUAUCAAAAUGGUUUACACAAGCAGAUUAUAGCAACACCAAAGCUCACACACAUUCGAUCAAAUAAGCGAUAUAUAGCGAUAUUUGCUAGCUUCCUAGCUUUUCCUCGACCUCGCUCGUCCAAAUAACUGUCGUAUCCCUUGCUAACUUGGACAAGCGACCCGAGGCUCUUGCCCGUUACUAUGCGACAUCAUACUGGUGGGCGGAGUGGGUCAAGAACCUUAGGUGGAAAACGAACUAUAUUACAAGCACCGGAUUUUAGCUAUGAUUCAGGUUAGAUGAACCCGUAUCAAACCAAACACUAUUUUUAACAUCCACUCUACAAUUGGCUGAAACCAAGUAGACUUGACUCAUGGAGCCAUUUAAUGUUUUUAAGAAUGCGAUUAAAGGACGUGCACUUGACGAGUUUUUAAGCCAUUGACACUCAAUAGGUGUAAUUAUGCAUAUUUUAUAUCUUUUAAAUAAUAUGGUAAUGUUUUAUCACUUUCAAAUGUUUAUUUUAGAUUCCUAUUGUUCAUAUUAGAUUUUAUUGUCAUUGGUAUGUGAAAACCCAUUUUAAUUGGAUCUACCAAUAAAGUUGAUUGAUUGAUUGAUUGACUUGCCCGAUUUCGAAAAGCACAAAAUCAGGGUAAAAUGCUGAGUUUUUGGAUUGAUUUGGACAGAUUUUACGUCACCAAUAUGGAAUUUCUGUCACUGAAUCGCAGACGUUCCUCCUCGCGAAACGUCCCCAGCGGCGAGGAGCGAGGAGAAACGGCUGUUUUCGCAAGCUUUCCUCGGCCUUGUCUCCCAACGUUUUCGCUUAUGUUCAUUGCCCUCUUAAAUUUUAAUUACCGGACGUCAACUAACUAUUUUUAAAUGGCCUUCCAGCCAAAACCUCAAAUAUAUGCUAUUUGUUUUUAACUAGACAGCAGCGAAAAAAAACCUAAUUCGGUCACGUGACUGAUGAAGUCAUUACCCUAGAGGAAACGUGGGAAGAUAUUUUAUGGCAAAGGUUAUCUUCUUGUGGUCUGUCAUUCUUCUUCACGUAAAAUUGUCAAAGUUAUAAAGCUCUUUUAAAAAAUGCCUCAAAGGAUUCUGGUGUAAUUUUUAUGAUAAUUAUAAUUUGCUUAAUUAUUAUUAUUGUUGUUGUUAUUAUUAUUAUUAUUAUUAUUAUUAUUAUUAUUAUUAUUAUUGUUAUUACUAUUAUGUAAUUGGUUUAGCACAAAUAAAAAUUAGAAGUAGAUUUAACGGUAUAUUAAAAAACUAAAAUUAAACCAAUAUUUAAAUGCAGAUAUGUCCGGCUUUUUUUGUUUUGUUGUCAUAGGUGGAGCUAUGGGGUCUUGCUUUACGAGAUUUUUACAAUUGGUAAGGUGCCAUAAAACCUUCUGAAGUCUUUAUUUUUUUUUUAGCUAAAAAACGCAUAAAAUAUUCUGAACGGAGGAAAAUAUCAAGUUUUAUUAAAAACUGAAUCAUCGGAUAAUGCAAUUCUAGAGCUCUGAUUGGCUUGGCCAUCAUGAUAUAUUACACACUUACUCUCAGAUCUCGAGGGAAACAGUUAGUUUUGUUUUCCCGAGAGUCCACACCAGGACUCGAAGGAAAACAAAACUAACUGGAUAACUGGUUUCCGGAGGGACCUGACACUAAGUGUUUUUGUUAUAUUUCUAGACUUUCACUUCAACAGCGACAAAAGAAUAACCGGAGCGAAUCAAAACAGUCGACUCAGUACUUAUGAGGACACAAACUUAAUUCUUAAAACUACUGAAUGAAUGAUUUAUAAAGUACUUUCCGUAUAGUAUCUGCAUCUUUUUCCUCCACUAGCUGCUGUUUCUCAUCUGGGAAAACUUUGAAAAUCGUUGCUUUUAUAUGUAGCUUGAGGCUUCAUGAUAGUGUUUUGGACUCUUGUUGUGUUCAUCCCCGGGAGUGUAAACUGGCAGUGUUUUCCACGCCUUAUGUCAGGCCACUUUCCACCAUGCUUUGAUCAAGUGCUGUAAUGUAUCCCGAGCGGGGUACAAUUGCUCAAAUGUAUCACGAACGUUAUUCAUUUGAUUUUAGUCAAGGCCAUGUGACCAAGAAUCAACCAAUGGAAGUCCCUGUUUAGUUGAGUGAAAGUCUAGGAAUAUAACAUGCUCUCCAAAUAUGGUAACGGAACGCAUUUGCUUAAAAUUAAAGCAAGUUGAAAAUCGUUGUUUUUUACAAACAAAGUCGGAAAGAAUUCUCCAUUUUGUGGGCGUUUUUAAUAAAACAAUUGUCCCACUCGCGCUUGUUGGAUAUGAGAUGAUUAUAGCCAUCUUGUAUCCAACACACACUCGUGGAAUAAUUGUUGAAUAUCAUACUUAAAGCAUGAUCGGAAGUUCCAGCUGUCUGACACAACUUGUUUGACUCAUAUUACUUGUGUUAUCGAGUCAGCUGGCAGUAACAUUAAGUUCUAAAUAGUUACCUUAAUAAAUUCUUGCUGCCAAAGUGCAGGGUGAAUGAUUAAAUUGUUAAAUCUCGUUCCUUCCAAUUACACAACAAUAUAACAAAGUGUUCCAAAAUGUUGUCAUAUCAACAACAGCUGGUCUUGGUUCUUUUCAGGAGGUUCUCCUUAUCCACGAAUGGAUGGCAGGAAGAUUGUAAGUUUACUUCAGGAGGGAUACAGGAUGCCUAAACCAAAACAUGUGGAUCAUGAACUGUAA